AUGUCUCUCUUUGUUGAAGAUGAAGACGUGUACGAAGAUGCAGUACAUCAAGAACAAGAGAUCGAUAGGUUGUUUGAACAUCAAGAGACUUCAAGAGAACCCAGUCAAUUUUCUGUAAAUAUCCGAUCAAGUACUGAUGCCAAUGAUGAGGGUAUACCAUUGACAUUUAUUCCACCUGAAACUAUACCUGAGUUUGAGGCACGAGAAGUGAGUUGCAAUCUCCCACUUAGUUUCCAGCAGUUGAUAGUCGAAGAUUUGAUGUCACGAGAUGGGCUCUUGGUUCUUGGGAGGGGCCUUGGUUGGGAUUCGAUUGCUGCCAAUUUACUCCAUGGACUCAGUUUCCCUACAGUUACUUUACAAAACGGUAAUGUUCGCCGUACUAAACGGAGUUUGAUUGUGGUACUUGGUGCCAACGAAACAGAGUUCGUUAGACUACGGGAAGAGUUGUAUGAAUUAUUGUGGAUUGAUGAUCUUGAAGGUGAGACUCCUGUGGUUAGUAUUGGAGGUGGAGGAGCGUCCUCUGAUGGCCUGCUGAAUCAUAAAAGGAAACAAAUAUAUGCCAAUGGAGGAAUUGUGGUAAUGACAGCGAGAAUAAUGGCAGUAGAUUUACUUUCUGGAUCUCUUGAUGCCAACGAUAUAACUGGCUUAUUAUUGUUACAUGCUGAAAGAGUAAGAGAAACUUCUUCAGAAGCAUUUGUGGUUAGUUUAUUCAGAGAUAAAAACGAUUGGGGGUUUAUAAAGGCUAUUUCGGAUGAACCUGAAUCAAUAACUGGAUUCACACCUUUAGCUACUAAGUUGAAACUUCUUCGGUUGAAGCAUGUUUUAUUAUGGCCGCGAUUCCAUGUAGAAGUAUCUGCUUCGUUAAAUGCUUUGAAAGUGAAACAAUUACUGAACAGACAGAAGAAGGAAUUGGAAAGACGUCGGACAGUUACAGAAAUCAACACGAGAAUGAGUUCAAGAAUGGUUAAAAUUCAAAAUGCUGUUUUAGCUUGUAUCAAUGAGUGUUUACAAGAAUUAAAGAGACAUAAUACGGAAUUGGCAACAGAUUAUUGGAGUAUGGAUAAUGUUCAUGAUCCUGAUUUUGUUACCAGAAUUCGAUAUAAUUUGGAUGUCCAAUGGCACAGACUUACAUUCACCUCUAAACAAUUAAUCUUUGAUUUGGUUACAUUGACUGAUAUGCUUAGGAAAUUAAUUAGUUUGGACUCAGUUUCGUUCUAUGAAUUUGUUCAAGGGAUUUUGGAUACAAAUAUUCGACAUGCCAGUACCAAUUCCAUGGCACCUGUUAAUAUGAGUCCUUGGCUUAGUUUACCAGAGUCUAACAUUAUCAUUUCUAAUGCAAAGGAUAGAGCAUUAGGGAAGAUAAAGCGGACAAGACGUAGAAUUGUGGAAAAUUUAGAAGAUCCAGAAGAAUCUAUGGUUGAAACUGUUGACGUUGAAGAAUACUAUUUGGAAGAACUUCCGAAAUGGGAACAAUUACUUCAACUUUUAGAUGAUAUUUCUCACGAGAAGAUGGUUCUGACAAAUAAAAAUAAAGGCCCCAUAUUGAUUGUUUGUUCUUCUGAUACAGUAAAACAGCUCUCUACAUUAAUAACGUCAGCGAAGUUAAUUGAAGAUACUACCACAAACAGAAAACAUUUUAGUUUCAAACUGUAUAUGGCUUCGAAGCUUAAAGACUACUUAUUCUGGAAGGAAAUAAGCAAAAGAACAAAAUUAGCUAAUCAAGAGAUAUUCAAAGCAGAAGACAAUGCACAGAAUAUUGAUAAUAAUGACAGUAAUUUUGAAUCCAAUAUAAAUGCUUCUCAGAUAAUCACAAGCAAAUCUUUCAGCAAUGCUCUAGAGCAACCAACAAGUAAAAGAAGAAGAACAAGAGGUGGUGCAUCCACAGCAAGGGUUCAAAAAUUAUACAGUGCGUCAGAAAGAACAACAGAGGCAGCCGAAUUAGAUACUGCAAUCAUCGAACAAUUAGAUAAGGACUUGAAAGAUGACAAGGUGGAAGAAGUUGAACCCGAAAGUAAUGAGUUCUACCACGUUAUGGAAUCAAAAAAUGACCUUGAAAUCGACGGAGGAGGGUUUAUCAAUGACAACAAUGAAGAUGAAGCAUCCACAAAUGAAUCACUAUUAAAGGCAUUAAAGGAUUCAUUAUUAGAAGAGCUCAGUUUUGAAAUGAUCAAAUCUGAUACUGAAAUCAUUAUUCAAUCAUAUGAUGACCGUGAUGGUGACUCACUUUUACAGGCCUUAGAGCCAUCAUACAUUAUCAUGUACGAGCCUGAUCUUUCAUUUAUUCGACGAGUGGAAGCAUACCAGGCCAUCAACGAAGAGCACCCGGCGAAAACAUAUUUUAUGUAUUACGGUAAUUCUGUUGAGGAACAAAAGCACUUAUUAAGGAUCAAGAAAGAGAAGGACGCAUUCACAAGAUUGAUCAGAGAGAAAUCUGAAUUGGGAGAGCAUUUCGAAACUGACCUAGAUCGUAACAGAUUCAGAAUUACCAGGAAACAAGUGGUUAAUACCAGAAUAGCUGGAGGGGCUAAUUUUAGAACCGAGACAGACGAGUUCAAAGUUGUUGUUGAUACAAGAGAAUUUCUGUCAUCAUUACCCAGUUUACUCUACCGAGUGGGUAUUACUGUGGCUCCCUGUAUGCUUACAGUUGGAGAUUAUAUUCUUACGCCCAAGAUAUGUGUUGAAAGGAAAUCCAUUCCUGAUUUGGUAUCAAGUUUAAGAAGUGGAAGACUAUAUCAACAAUGUGAACAGAUGUUUAGAUAUUAUGAGUUGCCCACACUUUUAAUUGAAUUCGAUGAGAAUAAGGCCUUUUCGUUCGAGCCUUUCACGGAUUCAAGAUUCCAACGAGUAAAUGCCAUGAAUCCCACCUACAAUCUGAUUCUACAGCAAAACAUCCAAUCACAAAUCAUGUCACUCCUUGUUUCAUUUCCGAAGUUGAAGGUGAUUUGGUCUUCAUCUCCAUAUGAAACGGCUCAGAUUUUCCUCUCUCUCAAAGCGAACCAAGAAGAACCGGAUGUUGGUACCGCACUUGAUAUGGGAGUCAACAAGGCUUUGAAGACAGAAGAUGGUGGUCCACCUCAGUAUAAUGAUGAAGCCAUUGACUUUCUUCAAACAAUUCCUGGUGUCAACAAAGCCAACUACACGUUGAUAAUAAAUCGUAUGCGCAAUGUUGAAGCUCUAGUAAAACUCACAAAGCCCGAGUUUGAGCAACUACUUGGGGAAGAAAAUGGUCGAAAGGCCUACAACUUUAUAAACCAUAAGAUCGCAUAA